GUCGCCAUGAUCCCCCCCUCGGACUCUCUGCUCAAGUAUGACACCCCGGUGCUGGUGAGCCGGAACACGGAGAAACGGAGCCCCAAAGCUCGGCCAUUGAAAAUCAGCCCUCAGCAACCUGGACCCUCAGGUCCAGUCCCACAGCCACCAAAGAGCAAGCUUCCCUCGACUGCUAGUGUCCCAGACCCUACAAAGCAGGCAGAAGAAAUCUUGAAUGCCAUCCUACCCCCAAGGGAGUGGGUAGAAGACACGCAGCUAUGGAUCCAGCAGGUCUCCAGCACCCCCAGCACCAGGAUGGAUGUGGUGCACCUCCAGGAGCAGCUGGACCUGAAGCUGCAGCAGCGGCAGGCCAGGGAGACUGGCAUCUGCCCUGUCCGCAGGGAGCUCUACUCGCAGUGUUUCGAUGAGCUGAUACGUCAGGUGACCAUCAACUGUGCGGAGAGGGGGCUGCUGCUGCUGCGAGUCCGGGACGAGAUCCGCAUGACCAUCGCUGCCUACCAGACCCUGUAUGAGAGCAGUGUGGCGUUUGGCAUGAGGAAGGCGCUUCAGGCUGAACAGGGGAAGUCAGACAUGGAGAGGAAAAUUGCAGAAUUAGAAGCGGAAAAGAGAGACUUGGAGAGACAAGUGAAUGAGCAGAAGGCAAAAUGUGAGGCCACGGAGAAGAGGGAGAGCGAGAGGAGGCAGGUGGAGGAGAAGAAGCACAACGAGGAGAUUCAGUUCCUGAAGCGCACGAAUCAGCAGCUGAAGGCCCAACUGGAAGGCAUUAUUGCACCAAAGAAGUGAUAAUUUCCAUAUGGGUCUCACAAGCGCUACUACCCCAUCCUAAGACCUUUGUAAUAAAAAGCUGGUUUCCUGAAGGAACAUGCCAUACCCUCCCCCG